AUGCUAAACAUUGCUUUCCUCGCGAUCUUGGCCAUUGGUUCCUUUCCUCUGGCAUCUGCCGAGAAGAAACCCGCACCUGUGCCUUUUUACUCAGGACCUAUCAUUGAUUUUCAGACCCACGCCCUCAAGCCGAACUAUUCCAAUUCUACAGCUCAAUCCAUUUUGGCAUCACCAGGGAUUCAAGGGCCGACUGCGGACGACAUUGUGAACCGUAUCAUCCCCGGAUUGGCCGACGAUUUAGCAUCGCCUGUUCGUCUCGCGGCGCUUGGCAAACACAAUAUCCAUGUGGUCACCAUCAACACAUUCUUCCCGCAGCUCCCAGCUAAAGCAUUGAUUGCUGCCGCAACUGACAUGAAUGAAUGGAUGGCUCAACGAGUUGCAGGUCAAAGUCGAAUGAUUGGCUUCGCGACGAUCCCUUCACCUCCGGCUCUUGCCAAGGAGGACGCUGCCAAAGGAACAAAUUACACGCAACAAGGCGUACAAGUCCUUCACAGAGCUAUCACAGAGCUGGGCUUGAAGGGCGUAUUGUUCGCUUCCAACUACGAAAAUGUUUAUCUCGGAGACCCUUCUUUCCGGCCCUACUUCGCCUUGGCCGCCAAACUUCACAUCCCGGUCCUUGUCCAUCCUGCAGUUCAGCCGGUCGAGCAACCUUUCGUUAAUAGGAAGAACAUCCCCGCUUACACGGGUUUCUUGGAUGAUCAAAGGACCACUUUACUCGACCUAAUCAUGGCAGGGACGUUGGAGAAUCAUCCGAAUCUCAAGCUCAUCGUGAUACACCUCGCAGGUGGAGUGAUGACUAGCCUCGGCCGCUUCCGACACCUUAUGGGCAUUUGGCCGGCAGAUACAUGGUACAUUGACCUAGCUAGAAACAAACAAUUGUUACCCCAUCCAGUGAAAUACUACUUCCAGAAAGUGUUUUACGACUGCAACAAUGCCGAGCUGGAGGACAUCAAACUUUAUGCCUCAGUUGUCGGGCCCCAACAACUUCUAACUGGAACGGAUCUCCCUUGGACUAACGACACAUUCUCACGGGAGGUGCUGGGCAAGACAGACAGUCAGCUACGGGGCAAUCUUGCCUACAACAACGGGGCUAGACUCUUGGGCCUCCCAACUCUUCCACUGUAA